AUGGGUAAAAACGAUGCUCCAAUGGAAGUUUCAGCAAAAAAGAAAGUUUCAAGAACCAUAGAAAUAUUUAAACCAAAGAAGAUAGAACGCAGAGACCCACGAUUUACAGAAGAAGGAGGUAAAGUUUCAAUGUUAGGUUUUUGUAAAAAAUAUAAAUUUUUAGAAGAAAAACAAAAAGAAGAAGCCAAUGAAUUAAGUAAACAAAUUAAAAAUUGUAAAGACGCACAAGAACGAGAAAAAUUAAUAAAAAAACGACAACAAUUAAACCAAAGAAUUACAAUGCAAAAAAAAUAUAAAAACGAAGAAAUAAUUAAACGUGGUUUGGUUGAAGAAAACCAUAAACGAAUUAUUGAAGGAAAACAACCUAAAUUCCUUUCAAAACAAGAACUUAAAGAAGAAGUUGAUAAACAAACUUAUGGAGACCAAUUGAAAAAGGUGGAAGAAAAACGAAUUAAGAGAGAAAGUGGUAAAUUAAUGAAAAGAGCUCCACAACUAAGACGAGGAGUAAAGAAUGAAAAAUAA